GUAUCCUUAUCUGCAUUGCACCGAUAUACUGCACGCCAACGUGUUGACAUUAUCGUGGAAAUGGUCUCGAAAAGAACCUCAAUUCUUAUUUCAUUUCAGAGCAUCAUUAGUGAUAAUAGUGUGUUUUCACAUGGGUUUUUGAGUUUUUAUUUUUGUUCUUUAUCAAUAUUAUAGGAACCCAAACUUUUAAUGUUUUUUCCAUUCUCAAUAAUUUAGGGGCAAUAGUGUGUUACGGACAUCAAACUUAACAACAAAAAAAGGUCCCUUACAAACAUAAUGGCUGCAAAUAGUGAUAAAAUGACAGAAACUUCAGUGUUAUCAACGGGAAAGCCUGCAGAUUUUUCAUUCAGGAGCUUAAAAUCGAUAAACGUGGCGCAAUUUCUGGAAACUAUUGGACUGGAAGGUGCAAGAUAUACUAGAGUUGCUGGUGUACCAGAAAGAGGUGGAGAAGGCAAAAAGUUCCUAACGAGAUCUCUCUGGCUGAAUAACAAUAAAUUGAGGAAUUUUAAACAUGUUGAUGAACUAGUCGAGGCUGUUUUAGAAUACCCUCGGGAGUUGGGUUGGAUUGAUUUUUCGUUCAAUUAUAUUUCAGAAAUAGAUGAGUGCAUCUUGAAGUUUAAGAAUCUGAAGAUACUUUACUUUCAUGGUAACUGCAUAGCAGAUUUGGAUCAAAUAUUCAAGUUGAAGCAAUUAAAGGAACUUAGAAGUGUCACUUUUCACGGAAAUCCUAUUGCCAAUCAUCCCAAGUAUAGGAACUAUGUGAUAGCUGCUCUGCCACAGAUCGCCAACUUGGAUUUCUCUCCAGUAGUGCAUAACGAAAAACUGUACCCGAAGCCAGCAGAAAUUUUGAAAAAAUUGAAAGAGAGUGAAUAUUCAGAAAAAAGUGCUUCGUGAUUUUGGUAUAUCUAUAGCAAUUUUUCAAAAUAGACUCAUAUAUAUACCAGUUAUACAUUUUGCUACAAUAUACAUCUGCACUAAAUAA